AUGACUGCCAUCACCAAGCUCGAGCCCGACUCCUUCCCGCCGCAGACUUCGCCCAGCUUCGCCGCGUCCACCUGGGGCCCCAGCACCGUCCCGUCGUCGUCGUCGUCGUCGUCGCUCGCCGCCCUGCCGCCGCUGCUCCCCUCAGCCUCCGGCUCCGGCACCCUGUCGUCCGCACAGCCGUCGUACUACGGCGAGCACCCGUCGCGCCCGCCGCUCCUGCAGCGCACCAGCGGUGGCCUCGCCGACAUCGACCCACGCACCGCACCGCGCUCCGUCCACCACCCGUCCAGCGCCGCACUCAUGAGCACCAGCGGCUGGUACACCGGCGGCGGCGGCACGAGCUCGUCGUCGCUCAACACCGCCGCCGUGCCGCUGUCGCGCAGCCACGGUCGCUCGACGCUCGCUUCGGGACCGACAUCCGGCGACUCUUCCAGCUACCACAGCUACGGCAACCACAGCCACUCGGCCGCCGGCUCGCACAGCGGAGCACACUCGCUGCUCUCCCAGUCGCCGCUCACCUCCGCCAGUGCACCACCGCAGCCGGCACACCCGCUGCCGAGCUGGCUCUCGCCGGUGCAGUCGUCGCACAGCGCCGGCCUCGCCGGCAGUUCGCCGUCGACCGGCAACCAUCACGGCAGCAGCGGCAGCAGCACGACGCACUCGCCGUACAACGCCGGCACGGUGCCGUCGCACAGCUCGCUCUACACGUCAGCAUCGUCGGGCCACUCGCAGUCUGCACUGCCGCUCUUCACCUCGGCAUGGAACUCGCAUCAGCAGCACCACGGCAGCGCCGCCAGCUCCAACACCGCCUCGCACUACCAGUCGUCCGGCGUCGCGGUCCCGGCCGGCUCCGUCACGUCGCCGGGCGAGUACCACCACACCGGCAGCCAGUCGGCGUACAGCGCGCCGAGCUACACGUCGCCGCUGCCCGGCGGUCCGACGCCAGGCAGCCAGUACUCGGGCGAUGCGCCGUCGUCGUACGCCGGCUCACACUACGGUGGAGCUAGCACGCCGGGUGCCGCAGCCUCGGGCGGCGCGUCUCACUACACGACGAGCGCGCAGCAGCAGGGCUCCGGCCUCGGCCUCAACCCGCUCGGCAUCAACGUCGAGUCGGGCUACAGCGGCGGCCGCUACCGCAGCGACACGACGUACGAGAGCAGCAACCCGCUCUCGCGUGCCUCGGACUACGGCCCGUCGUACGCCAGCCGCAUGCACUCCAGCUCGACGGCCGGCGGCCUGAGCCGCUCCAGCUCGAGCUACCUCAGCAACAGCCUCGCCUCGCCGCCCGUCCGUCCGCAGAUGGGCAUGCGCACCACCUCGGACCCGUCCAUGUCGACCGUGACGUUUGGCUCGUACACGUCGCUACACGACUACUCGACGGACGAGGCGCGCUGGAACGCUCUGCUGAACCGCAGCCACUCGGCCGAUCGUGCCUUCGUCUACGGUGCGAUGACGACGCGCAUCUUCUGCCGUCCGUCGUGCGCCUCGAAGCGUCCGGACCGCAACCGUGUGCGCUUCUUCAGCUUCCCGAAUGCCGCGCAGCAGGCCGAGGCGGCGGGCUUCCGUGCGUGCAAGCGCUGCAAGCCCGGCACCCAGGGCACGGCGGACCAGUGUGUGCUCGCCGUCGGCGACUGCGUGCGCCACAUCACCAACUCGGCCGUGGCGGGCGAGAGCGGCGACGGCGACCUGAAGCGCAAGACGCUCAAGGAGUACGCCGCGCGUGCGGGCCUCUCGGCCUUCCACUUCCACCGCACCUUCAAGGCCGUCAGCUCGCUCACGCCGGGCGAGUACGCCAAGGCCUGCCACGCGCUGGCGCUGCAGGACGCCAUCGGCCGCGAUGCCACUCGCAACGGCGACGUCGUCACGUCGCAGGCCCUGACGCGUGCACUGCUCGGCUGGUCGACACGCCGUGCCCGCCGUGCCGUCGGAGGCAUUCUGCCGUCCUCGUACGCCGCCGGCUGCCUCGAGCUCAACAUGCUCCUCGUCACGGCGCGCGACACGCCCUACGGCAACGUCUCGGUGCUCUACACCGAGGCCUCGCACGGCGACCACGCCAGCGACGACUCGUCGGCGCACGACGACGAGGCCGGCACGCUCUUUGCCGUGGCGCUCGGCCACGAGUCGGAGCGCCGCCUGCAGGUGCGCUGUCCGACGGCCGUGCGCAUUGCCGACCGUGAGCCGUGGCUGUACGACAUCGUCAUGCGCCUCGUGCGUGCCGGCGACCGCGAAGUGCAGCUGCCCGACGAGGUGGUGCCGAGCGUGCGCCGUGCGCGCAUCUGGAACGCCGUGCGCAAGGAUCUCGAGCGCAAGGGCGCCGACGAGGCCGACGAGCCCGAGGCGCCCAAGCAGCAGCAACAGCAGCAGCAGCAGGGCGCCAUGUCUGCGCCCAUGCACCCGCAGAUGCACGCCCAGUACGCCUCGCACGCGCACCACCAGAUCGCGCCACCGCAGCACCAGCAGGCGCACUCGACGCAGCAGCAGAUGCACGGCAUGCCCUCGCACCAGCAGCAGCCUCAGCAGCAGAUGCAGCAGCAGCAGCAGCAGUCGCAGCACCACCACCACCUCUCGCUCGGCGGCCACUUCCCUGCGCCGCAGCCGCAGGCGCAUCACCCCAUGAUGUCGCAGCAGCCGCAGCAGCAGCAGAGCCACCAGCUCGCGCAGCAGCAGCAACAGCUGCUGCGCCGCAUGUGA